ACCUCACCCUUGCACAUUAAUUACAGUAGAUUGAAGGCUAGGCUGAGGGCAGAGGCAGGAUGAGGGAGCAGGUGGAGAAUCAGAUCAGUAAUUAUGACACCUUAAAGCCAGCAGUACAUGGAGCUCACCGAAGACAACUCUUGUACAGAGGAGAAAGCUGAAGCAGAGAGCCUCAGCAUGUAGACAAGACCCGCCCAGCAAGUCCAGAGCAGAGCAGGCUCACAAGCUGGGGCUUCCCAGUCCCUCACUCAGAGCCCCACUCUGGUGGAGCUCAAACAGUCCCUAAGAAGCCACCUCCCAGAGCUCGUCAUGCUGCUUCUGCCACCUGACCCUACAUCAGGCUGCCCUUGAGCUGGGAAGCCCGGGGGAAGGAGCUGGGAGAUGGGGAAACACAGAGCAAGGCUGGCGCUGACCACACCCUGUGCCUCUGCCAGAGAUCUGUCCUCCCUCUCCUCAGUGGCUGGGUUCACCAUGUCCCCCACUCUCAUCAGCCUGGCGUCCUUUGGGCUGUGUCUGGGCCUGAGGAUCAGGGUUGAGGCAGCCCCCCAGGAUCACACCACAGGAAAUCUCAUCCGCCUCAGCCUGGCUGGACUGCUCCUCCUUGUCCUGGGAGUCCUCCUGGCAGAGGCUUGGCACAGCCGGAGGAAGCACCGAGAAGCAGCCCAGUAAGCCCUUGUCUGAGCACUGGGUUCAAAUGAGUCGGGAAGGGCGGCUCCACUUGGUGCCUCCAGCUGGAUGCCCCUGCAACAGGAAUAAGGCGUGAUUUACGAUCCGUAUAUUGUCGGCUCUGCUCAGGUCCCUUGCCUCUGCUCCUGUGCCCGACCACACCUUGGAGGACUCUCACCAUCCACGUUCCCACCUUUGAACUGGAGAAAAUCAUGAAACUGUUGACUCAGUCCAGAACACUGUUGUUAUUUGGUGGUGUUGUUUUUCUUAAGGUUGCCUCUGUCCAGGAAUCUUGUAUAAUCCUAAAAUAUUCAUGAGAUUUUUUUAAAAAAGUAAUCAACA